AUGCGAAUCAAUAACAGAGACAGACAGACACACACGGCCGAUGGUCUGCCAAGGCAGGGGUGGACUUGGACUUGGAGGGGAGUGACAACAAGAACAACACUUUCUGUAUCCGUAUCUCUCUCUAUCUGUUAUCAUCCACUAUUUCUCUCUCUCUCUCUCUUUCUUUUGCUUUCCUCACUCCCCUCUUUGCGCUGCUGGACACGCUCUCUGCCUCCCACUCACUCAGUCCAUUUGUUGGGCUGGGCCUGGGGCCCUUUGGGCUCGACUCUUUCGACGAAGGGGGUCCCCUUCUGA